AUGACUAUGGACACACAGGUAGUUGCUCCUACACCUGAAGAUGCAACAGAGACUAAUGAAGCUGAAAAAGAACCAGAGGUAAUGAGACCAGAGCUGAAGAAGCAUAAGUUUGGAGAUCCCGGCUCUCUCCACAUUUCCAUUAUGAUUGCUGAGUCACGCAUUGGGAGAGCUCUACUUGAUUGGGGGAGUAGUGUGAAGUUGCUACUAUUCUCAGUGUAUGAGCAGUUGGGAUUAGGUGAACUGAAAAAUACCUCCAUCAAGCUACAGUUACCUGAGAGAUCAGUCAAGCAGCUAGCCACUACUAUUUACCAGGCGCCUGUCAUCCUUGGGUGCCCAUUCCUUGCUACCUUCAAUGCACUGAUAAAUUGUCGAAGUGGAGUGCUGAAACUCACAUUCGGGAAUAUGACAUUGGAAAUGAAUGUGUUCAAUACUUGCAAGAUGCAUGGUGAUUGCGACGAGUCAGAUGUGCAUGCUGUUGAAGUGAUUUCAGAGCUCAAAGAAAUAAAGAGAGAGGCCUACGAUAAUUCCCGCUUGGCGAAUGAGCGAAUGAAGGCCUUGCAUGAUAAGAAGAUCCUUGACAAACAUCUUGUGCCUGAUUAG